CGAUUUGAGUGAUUUUUAUACCUCCGAAAUAGAAGAGCGCGCACCGGUAUAUUACUUCCGCUUGGAAACAAGAACGAACGAGAACGCUAAAACGUUGAUAGCUUGUCCAUUAAAGUCCACUUACAUAUAGAUAAAAGUAUGGAGGCAGCCCAGCUUUUCCAUGGUAAUACAAAAAAGCAUGACAUUCCACUGGACCACCUAGACUUCGGUUACAUUCAGGGAUGUAGUGAUGUAAAACAUAUAGAAAAAAUUCUUCGAGUUCUAAGAUCAAAAGAGGAAGGUUUUUAUCCUCAGCUUGAGAAAUGCUGUGAAGGAAGAUUAGAGGAGCUUCACCCAAAUAGCCGACUAUUAAGGAAGGAGAAUCCACUUUAUUCUAAAGGAGAUUUAGAUAGAAUGGAGAGGGAAGAACUUGAUCAGGAUCUCCAGAGCUGGGCUACUAAUAUGAAGAAUAUUGAGAGUAACUUUGAGGAACAAUCUGAAUUUAUGGACAAUGAUGAGGACGAUUUGCCACCUAUUCGAUCAGGAAAUAUAACACUCACUGCAGACGGAGCAAAGUCAGUAAAGCAGCAAACAACAAAUUCCAAGAAGAAACCCAUGCCUAGAGAGUACAGGGACUGGGAUAAAAUUGAUGUUGAAAAGGAGCUGGAGAAAAUAGACGAGCCUAAUAAGAAAACUAAAGAGAAAACGGUCAUAGGUAAUAGAGAGGUGACAAACAUUCCAGAUAAGAUUGAUGCUAAAGGUCUCUCAGACAGUGAGAAACUGUUGAAAGCAAAUCGAGAAAAAGAUAAAGGCAAUGAGGCAUUCAGGUCCAAUGAUUUUAAAGAGGCUAUUACCUACUACUCUAGAAGUAUAUCACUCCAGCCCACUGCAGCCUCCUAUAACAAUAGAGCUCUUGCUUAUUUAAAGACUUCUGAUUGGCAGAAAGCAAUAAAUGAUACAGACACUGUUCUAAAGCUGGAACCAGGCAAUGUGAAAGCUUUGUUGAGAAGAGGAACAGCAUAUAAAGGGCUGAAAAAAUUACAGAAAGCUAAAACGGACAUUGAAAAUGUGUUAGAGAUUGAACCAAAUAAUAAAAAAGCUCAGGAACUGUUACAAGAUAUAGAGAAAGAUACUAUAGAGAAGAAGAAGUCCGGGAGGAGAAUGGUAAUAGAGGAAGUGGAGGGCGAGGAAGAAGCUGAAACUGGUGACACAACUGAGAACUCUAAUGUGUCAUCACAGGGAGAUAACUCUAAAUUAGAAUCUGUGAAUAAAGAAAGUAAUGAAUCAAAAGAGAAUGGCACUGUUAAUAAUAGUGAUGAUAAAGUUGAUGAAAAACCAAAGAGAAGAAUGCAGAUUGUAGAAGUUGAUAGUGAAAGUGAUGAUGAUGAAGAGGAAGGUGAAGUGUUACUGAAUGGAAAUGCAUCAGAUGAUGAUGUAAACAUUCCUGAAGUGAAUAAUGGACCAGUAAAAGAUGAGCAGAUAGCGAACAAGGAUGAAGAUAUAAUAGAAAGUAAUAUCCAAUCUGAAGUGAAGGAAGAAAUGGAAGAAGCUACAGCUGAAGAUAAAGUUAGUGAAGAGACUGUUGAAGAUAUAGUAAAUGAAGUAAAGAAAGAUGAUGAUGCGGAUGAAGGUAGAAGCUCACCAGUAGCUGCAGCUGAAGUUAAAUCAGACACUGAUAGUGCUGAUGAAGAUGAAAAUACUGCCCAGUCUUCACCGUCAGAAGAAGACAAGAGUGUACCUAUACAUGACAUAAAGAGACCAGUAUUCUACAUGAAAGAAUUGCCACAGAAGAUAGCUGUGAUUAAAGAGGAGGCAACUACAUUAUUUAAAAGUGGACAAUAUGGCGAAGCUUGUCUUAAAUACAAUAAAUUGAUCAGUUCACUUGAAAAUGAUGAGACUCAGACUGUAAACCUGUCAUUGAUGUACAGUAAUCGUGCUGCCUGUCACUUGAAGACAGGAGAUCUUCCAGGAGCUGUAAAAGAUUGUAACUCUUCCCUAGAACUUAUACCACAUAGUGUUAAACCAUUGCUAAGGAGAGCAAUGGCAUAUGAACAUUUAGAAAGGUUCCGCCCAGCUUAUAUUGACUACAGACAUGUUCUACUGUUGGAUUCUAAAAUGGAUCAUGCUCAUUUAGGGACAAAAAGAUGUCAGGAAAUGUUGUUGCAGAAAGAUGGACCUAGAUGGCGAGAAAAAGUUCAUCUAACUAAAUUUUCACCAUUCGAGGUACCAGACAUCAUUGGUCUUGAUGGGAAAUCAACAUCUCAGCCAAUGUAUGCUCAACUACAAGCAGGCAGCCAAUCACAGCCCACCUGUAUAAAUAUGAACCAAUCACAAUCAACCUGUACCAGCCAAUCAAAAGAGAGUUCAUCUAGUCCAUCUAAGAAAACUGAAAUUAACAUACCUAUAACUAAACAAGAGAGUAAAAAAGUUCCAGAGUCAAAGAAAUUAACACCACAGGAGCAAUUUGAUGCAUUUAAGUUAGAAGGGAAUGAGAAAGUAAAACAGAGUAAAUUUAAGGAGGCAAUAGAAUGUUAUAAUAAAUGUGAGGAUGUAAUGCCAGGUCAGGUUGCUGUCUAUACUAACCGAGCUUUGUGUUUUAUUAGAACCAAUCAGGGAAAGAAGGCUGAGGAAGAUUGCAGUAAGGCACUGGGGAUAGAGAAAGAUAAUGUGAAGGCUUUGUUUAGGAGGGCUCAGGCUAGAAAGAUGUUAAAACAGUAUAGGGAAGGCAUCGAGGACCUUAAACAUUUACUUCAAGUUGAUCCCAAAAAUACGGCAGCAAAGAAGGAAAUGGAACUUCUGAAAAACUACUGGAGAGAGGAAUUGGAGAACAUGAAGAAAAACAUUGGCAAUUUAAAAAAGCACAAAGAAGAAUUGACCGACCAUGUUACUGGUGCCUGCUCUAGUAAACCUGAGACUAGUUCCCAGUCUAGUAAAGCAAAGCCUAGAUCCCAGUCUGGUAAAUCAAAACCUGGUUCUCAGUCUGGUAAAGGAAAGACUGAUUCACAAAGUACUACAGCAAAGACCAGUUCAUCAGCAGAUAAAGGAAAGACUGGAAAAGAAAGAAAGCGUAUGGUAAUACAGGAAGUUGAUAGUGAAGAGGAAAGUAUUCCAGAAAUAUUUCUUUUUUCAUAUAAUGGAUAUGUUAAUUCAAGUGCUUUUAUUAUAACAUUAACAGAGAUAUCAAGCAAAAGUUCAGAGUCCAAGCCCAGUGUUAAAGGACAAGACUCUAAACCUAAAGUUGAAGUUAUAAACUCUGAAACAAAUGAAGCAAAAUCAAAACCAGUCAAAAAACAAAAAGACAGUAGUAAACCAGUCAAUUCUCAGUCUGGUUCUAGCAAAAAAGAUACAAAAUCCAGUCAAAAGAAGUCAACAAUAAAGGAAACCAGUCAAGGUUUACCUAGUGUACCACAGACAGCACCUAAACUAGACAAAGCCACGCCAUAUGAGUUUAUAUCAGCUUGGAAUGCCCUAAAGAAAGCAGAGAAUGUGAAGCCAUAUUAUGAUCUACUGAAACAAAUUAAACCUAGUGAUAUUAAAACUGUGAUAUCAAACAAACUAGAUGGGAAUAUGCUCAAUACAAUAACAAGAUGUGUGUCGGAACACUAUUUGCCAAAUGGAGAGGUAGAUACUAGCUAUGAAUUGCUGAAAAAUCUUUCCACUGUGCCCAGAUUUGGAACUGUGUCAAUGUUUAUGUCACAGAAAGAAAAGAACGAUGUUAAAUCAGUUAUGACAGAACUGGAAUCUCAUCCGUCCAAGACAUACAGCCAAGAGGACAUAAAUAAGCUUAAAAAAGAAUACAGUGUCUAACAAAUUAACCUUGAAGAAUUUAUAACCUGUUACAAGUAUGGAGUGCUGAUGUACUCAGAUAAUAGGACUUUUUAGCAGAAGAUAAUGAACCAAAGUAUUAGAGAAUCAGUAUUUUUUCUCAGUAAAUUACAUUUGUAUCAGGUUAUUUCACAGUGUACCAACAACCCCACUCGGACACGACAGAUGUCCGGAUCUAAACCAUUAUAGACAAGUAUCCAGAGUAUAGUUUGAUACGGUUUUUCAGUUUGGGUACAAGCCCAAUGGUACAAAUCCAAAUAUGUCUUGCACUGUACAGAAUUCUGUUCAAAGACCAUUUAAUUCUAAAUCUGAUUUACAUUUUUUUCAGUACUUUUUGCAUACAUAUGCACAUAAAUAUUGGUCUUUAUUUGUGUGACUUUUGUGAUGAAAUAGGCAUACAUUUAGGGGGAAAAUGACAUUAAGGUUUUAGAUUGUACUUGUAGACAUAAUGAACCUUUGAUUUUAGAAGUUCCACCUUUAUACGGUUCCUCUAUAUCUAAUAAGUAAUACUGUAUCUAAAUUCUCUAAUGUUUUUGUUAAACAUAUGCCUCCAUGUUAAUUGAUAGACAUAUUGAAACAUAACCUUGACUGCCUGUUAUGACUUUAAUGUUCAAAAUAAUAUUUAAGUAAGGAAAUUUUACUGUUACUAAUUUAUAUUUGUAUUUAUUAAGAGUAGGAAUGGGGAAAAAAUUGUGUUUUAGAACAAAUUUGUCGACUGCCUUGGUUUUCAUUAAAGUAUUUGUACUGUAAAUGAUGUUAUUUAAACCAGAUAUUGAUGUAUUCUCGUGCUAUUCUUUAUGCAGAAACUACUGUUCACCUGAUUAUUGUUCAUGUUUUUCUGGAGAUGAUAUACAGUAAACUUUGUUUUGUUUUCUUUCAUGAAUUCUUUAUGUUUAUGCCAAAACACUUUUGUAUUUUAAAUGAAAAUUAAACUGUAGAUUUAAGGUUUGUUAUACUUUCUUUUUGACUAUUUAUGAUUGUUUAAGAUGAAUCCUAAUGUGUUUCUUGUUAUUUAUUGUGGUUGUGUUCAUGAGGUAUUGAUAGCCUGUGCAGUUCUCUUACUCUGUAAAAAAUGAUAUGGCACACAUAUGCAUAUUUAUUGAGUUUACUUCACAUUUAUUACCGGUAUACAAACAUAGCAUAAUGUCAUGUUAAAGGUUAGCAUUAAAGUACAUGUUUAAGCGUGUCAGUUACAGAGUGGUUCUUUAUAAACUGUUAUUAUUUUGGUCACAUGAUAAAUAGAAUAUAAUGUUUGUUUAAGUUGAUGACUACAUUUAUUGAAUUGAGCCAUAGACUCGCAUAUAUCAUUACAAUGUAUUUAACUCGUUAAAUAAAUUCAGUAUAGAACCUAUACUUGUUACAUAUCCUGUAUGUCUCACAGUCUGGAACAUAAUGUUACUUCAGAGUCCCAUGAUGUACAAUUUAAUUAGAAGCUCUCUGGUGGGUUAUUAUAUAUAACUUGUAAAAACUAGAACAUCUCUUGUAGCUUUGUAUUCAAUUAUUUGCCUGCUGGAGGCAACAGUUUCCUCCCAUGUGACAAGUGCAGACCAAUAUUGGUUAGCAUGGAUUAUUCAGUCUGUAUUCAAUUUUAGACUUUCCUAAAAAAUGAUAAAAGGAUUCACUCCAGUAUGAAUAAUGGAGAAGUCCAUUUGAAAUAUUAGCAUGACACAGGUUAUCUCCUCAAUCUUGAAAAAAUAUACAAUCUUCAUAUACUUGUUUUCUAUGGAGUGGACUUUUUAAACUGAUGUAGGGAAUAUGUUAUGACACUGAGGUAGAAAUAUCUUUCUCAAAACCAAGGGUACACUUUAUUGAUAUUGAAAUGAUUAACAUGAACUUCAGAGAUUUUGAGAUUUCAUUGAAUAAUUUAUCACUUUUUUGAUACUCCUUAUACUUUGAUUGAUUUAUACUUGCAUUUGGGGUUUUAAUUUUUAAACAUAAAGCAUAAUACAUGAAUCGAGUGUUAUAUUUAAGUGAUAUACAUAUAUGGUGAUGAUAUGAGGUUAUUAUAAUAUUGAAUUCUACUGGACAAGACAUAAGUCGAGUCUGAUACAGUUUUGUAGCUGUGAACAAGUCCAUGUAUACAUGGUUGUAUUUGAUAAGGUGUGAUAUAAAAGUAGAUCUGAAAACAGUUGAAAGGUGCUUAUACAGUUCUUAGCUUGAUUAUUUAGAGAAUGGUGAAACUAUCCUCGCACAUUGCAAGCAUUACACUUGGUUCCAGUUUUGCAUUCAACUUCAUAUUUUAUAAACCACUGAAGGUUUUUAUUUGAAACCUUGAAUAUGUCUUUUAGUGCCUAAUAGUAAGUCACUCUCAAAGACCUGUAGCUCUUGCAUUGAUUUUGACUGGAUUAUGCCCUUUGUGAUAAAUCCUGUAUUGAUAAUUUCACUUGCUUUACAAUCAUACACAGAGAAUGGUUGAGCUUUGAUAUCAGUCAGGCAGCACUUAUUAUAAUGGGUAAAUAUUUUGUAUGAUUUAUAAAAUAUUGGAUUGUUAAAAAUCUUGUGUUUUUUUUCCUUCAAGCUGUAUCUUAUAAAUUAUGAUAACUUGAUUUUGUUUAUUGUGACAGUACAUUAAAUGUAUCCAAGGAGAUCAUUAAAAUUAAGCUUUUCUGAACAAAAUUUUGAUGUCUUAGUGUUUAUAAAAUCUGAUUAAUUAUUUGCAUAAUAUUUUUUUUCUGUUUGUUUAACGCUUUGUUUUUCUUUUAUUGUUAUAAUUUCUAUAUAAGACUUGUAGAUACAAAGAAAAAAUAUAUAUAAUUGCUCUUAAAGUUUUUGUUAUUGAGUUUUUGAUUUAUGAAUUUUAUGUUUAAGUUUAAAGUGUUCUUGUAGAUUAAAAUGGUUGUGUUGACUGCAUAAUUUUAUGGAGCAAAUUUAACUUAUAUGAUAUGUUUUAUGGGAAGAUGAAUAAAAACAGGAAUGAGUGAGUUCUUGUAAUGUAAAUUUUAUUGUUGUAAAUGGAUGUAUUGAAUUGUUUGAUUUUUGCUGCAACAUUGUUUUAUUAAUCCAGGAUAGAUCUUAUGUCAGUAAGUCACUUGACAAAGUGAAGCAAUAAAAAUGUCUUGCAAAUA